AUGAAUUUACUACCUAAAUCGAAAGACGAAUUCAGCCAGAAAGAGUACUGGGACGAUUUCUUCAAGAAACGCGGCAGUAAGGCUUUUGAAUGGUAUGGAGAAUAUCCAGAAUUAUGCGGAAACUUGCACAAAUACCUCAAAAAACAAGACGAAAUUUUGAUUGUCGGUUGCGGUAAUUCCACAUUGGGUAAAGAUUUGUACGAUGUAGGUUGUAGCAACAUCACCAACAUCGACAUUUCGCACGUCGUAAUCAAGCAAAUGCAAUCGCAAAUCGACAAAAACAGGCCCAACUUGAAGUAUCUUCAAAUGGACGCUCUGAACACCACGUUUUCAAAUGAACAGUUCAGUGCCGUAGUUGACAAGGGCACUCUGGACGCUCUAAUGCCCGACAAUUCCAAAGAAACUCUGGAAAAAAUCGACAAAUAUUUUGCGGAAUUGCAAAGGAUUUUGAGACCAAGUGGCAGAUAUGUUUGCAUAAGCUUAUUGCAGGAGCACAUUCUAAGCAAAUUGCUGGACUAUUUUCCGCAAAAUAAUUGGAUGUUUAGGGUUGUUAGAUGUUUUGAAUCUGAGGCAAAAUCAAUUGAAAAUGGCGAAAACCCCAUGCCCGUUUUUAUGGUUAUUUGCACGAAAUUUAAAAGUUUGCCUAUGAAGGUUUUAGAAGUAAAUUUAUUCGCCCAAGACAAAAUGCAACGUUGCCAAACCACUGAAGAAGUCACCCAACACAUAUCAACUACGCAAAGGGCUUCAUUUGUAUGUAACGCAUUAAAAAAGUCAACUAUUGGAGCUCAAGAUGAAAUCGAAAUGGAAGUUUUCGAUCCUAAAAAUCCGAACACGCCCAGAUAUAGCAUUUACGUUGUAGAAAUCGAUUCGGAAGUUAAAAAUGCCGCAUAUGCGGCUCUAAUAGUACCUGAAGGAAGAGAAGCCGAAUGGUUGUUUUCAACCAAAGCUGGCAGAAAAAAUCUCAUUGAAAUAACCAAGUUGAAUCGGUUAACAAUAGUUAUAAUGCACCGUGGCCAAAAAUAUGAGUCACUCGAACUGGUUGAAAAAGAGUUGGAGGAAAUUGUUUGUAAUUUGGCUCCUGCCAACUUGACAGCACGAAAAAUCCCUUUUCUUACUGUUGGUUCGGCUGAGCUAGGCAAACGUACAAUUAAACACGAAGGCACCUCGCCUUUUUCCGGCAACUACAUCAUCGAAGACGUAGAACAUAACGACGAUAAUUUAAAAUACCGCAGACUUUACUACCUCAGCUCCCAAUUAGUUAUCCAAUCCGAAGCCAAACUUAAAACAAUCCGGCAACGUAGCGGCACCAAAAAAGAAGUAGUAGAUUUGACAGUUUUGACGUGUCAGCAUCAUGUGUAUAUGAGCAUUGCAGCUCACGCGGCUGUCAAUAAAAACUCAAAAGUAGUGGUUUUAGGUUUAGGUGGGGGCGGUUUGUGUUCAUUUUUGCACAAUUUCCUACCCCAAACCGACAUUGUAGGGGUUGAAAUCGAUCCUGAAAUGCUCAAAAUUGCCACAAAAUGGUUCGGAUUUCAACCCAAUUCAAAAUUACAAGCAAAAAUCCAAGAUGGCUUGGAGUUUAUAAGGCAACUGGAUUCAGACGGUUUGACGGUGGACGCCAUCUUGUGCGACGUUGACAGUAAAAGUACGGAAAUCGGAAUGAGUUGCCCGCCAAAAGAGUUUUUGGCAUCGGAUUUUUUGGGCUCGAUAUCCAAAGUUAUUGGCAAAAGAGGUCUUUUUGUUGCAAAUAUAGUUUUGCGGGACCAAACUUUGAGGCCAGGAAUUCUGGCAACGUUGCAAGAUGUUUUUAAAAUGGUGGUCGCUUAUAAGCUGUCAAAAGAUUUAAACGAAAUUUUUGUUUGUACGAAUUUUGAUGGGAAAAAAGAAGAGUUUUUGGACAAGUUGGGUGCCAGCGCCGAAGCGUUUAAACGAUUUUCGAAGGACGAAAUUGACGUUGUUGAGUAUUUAAGGGAUUUGAAAAUAAAUAGUUGA